AUGAAACGACACAUCCGGAAUGUCCACGAGAAAGAUUUACAAUACAAAUGCGAUAUUUGCAGUAAGGGCUUUCGAAAUAUCACCGGGUUACGAAUUCAUUUGGCUCAGAAACACUUGGAACAAAAACUUUACUUUUGCUCAAUUUGUGAUAAAAAUUACGAAACAAAAGUUGGACUUAAUCACCAUAUUGACACUUUUCAUGGAGCAAAACCGAAGUUUGAAUGCAACUUGUGCGGAAAAAAGUUCGCUUCUCGUAAUUAUUAUUUUAAGCAUAUGGAAACUCACAAAACGAAGCCGAUUUCUUGCACUGUAGCCACUUGCCGACGAAUGUUUCCAACCGAAACCCUGAUGAAAAAACAUGCAAAAGUUCACGAAAAGAAAAAAGUUGCUUUCAAUUGUGAAAAAUGUGAAAAAUCUUACACGACAAAACAAAUGUUGAAUCGACAUGUCGCAAGCGUGCAUCUUGGAACCAAAUACCAGUGUCAGCAAUGUAGUGCAAAGUGGACUUGGGAGAACGAUUUGUUCAAACACAUUCAACAGAAACAUCGUAAGGCUUAA